AAUAAAUUAGUAUUAUAACGUUGCAUUGGGUCUAUUACUGUUACUAUGGACGAAUCUAACCGAGCCUCUUCAUAUCUGGACGAGCCAGCAAACAGUCGGCUGUUUCUCGUUACAAGUAAAUCCAUAACAGAAGAGAUUAUACAGGAACAUUUCUCAGCUUUCGGGGAGAUCCAGGACAUACGGGUGGUGAGGGACAAGCAGACGAAAGAGUCGAAAGGAGUGUCGUUUGUGAAGUUCGCCAAGUCGUCGGAAGCCUGCACUGCGAUGGAGGAGAUGCACGGCCGAAGCCUGGCCGAGGGGACCAAACCCAUCAAGGUCUUCAUCGCUCAGUCCAGAUCCUCUGGCAGCCACCGAGAUGUGGAGGACGAGGAGCUCACCAGGAUCUUUGUCAUGAUCCCCAAAUCCUUCUCCGAGGAGGACUUAAAAGACACAUUUAAGGUGUAUGGAGAUAUAGAGUACGCUAUUAUCAUCAGGAAUAAGAUCACGGGUGAAAGCAAAGGUCUGGGUUACGUGAGAUUCCACAAACCUUCUCAAGCCGCCAAAGCCAUAGAAAACUGUGACAAGACUUUCAGGGCUAUUUUAGCUGAGCCCAGAACCAAAAAUGCGUCAACAGACAAUGACUAUUUCAGCAACCCCAGAGCGGAGCACUCUGGAAGCGAUCCAGGCUCCAGCUCUUACACGUUUGCACACGAGUCCAGCAGCUACACCACGGGGGACACGUGGAGCUCGGACGUCAUCACGCGGUGCCUGCUGGUGUCCUCACGGGUCGCUGUCACACAGGAACAGAUCUGCGGUCUGUUUGACCUGAUCCCGGGGAUUGAUUUCUGUGAGAUGCAGAGAGAUCAACACGGAUUCAGCAAAGGUCAGGUGCUAGUGCGCUAUAACAACCUGGGCUCAGCGGUUUAUGCUAAAGAGAAGCUGAAUGGGUUUGAGUAUCCGCCUGGUAACCGUCUCUCUGUAACCUACAUAGACGAUGGAGAGGACAGCACGAGUCCUGUGGGGCAGAUGGCGAUGCAGCUCGUGGCCGCUCAGAUGAUGUCUAUGGUGUGGAACGGCCCUGCUGCUACACAGCUAAUGAAGACUAGCGCGGGCUACACAGCACCAUCUGUAGCUCAGAAACCACGUGUGCAGACAGAUGUAGCUCUGCCUCCUCUGAAGAAGCUGGUGGCGUCUGACAGCGUGGUGAAGGAGAGGCUCUUCGUCAUCUUCAACCCUUCGCCUCUGCCUAUGGAUGUGCUGGAGGACGUCUUCUGUCGUUUCGGUUCCCUGAUGGAGGUUUACUUGGUCCCGGGCCGGAAUGUGGGAUAUGUGAAGUAUGCAGACUGGAAACCUGCUUACAAUGCCAUAGCACUGCUGCACGGUAAAGUGAUUAACGGCGUCAAGAUGAAGGUCUUGCUGGCAGACCCACCGAAAGAAGAAUCACACAAACGCCAGAGAACGUACUGACCUCUGACCUUACCACAGACACAGAGGUUUAGAUGACAUGAUGCAUGACCCCGACAUGACAGGACACGACCUCAUAACGACGGACACUGACUGCCAUUACAGUUCUGUAAUUACAAAGAAAGUGUUUUUACUUUGACUUUUUUUUCUUCUUGUCUGCUGUUAGCCAACAGCCAGCAAUU